AUGUAUCAGCAGCCAGUUAUCCCUUUGGCGGUUCCCGCGGCACCCAAACUCGAGCUGAAGAUCAAAUGCAAGGGUCUCGCCGAUUUGGAUGUCCUCUCAAAGUCUGACCCUCAGUGCUUCGUGUUUUUGAUGGACCCCAAGACAAGGACAUGGUGUAAGGAGCCUAUUGGCAAGACAGAGAUGGUCCUCAACAAGCUGGAUUGCGAGUUCGUCCAGAGCAUCAUUAUCGACUAUCGCUUCGAGUCAAUUCAGCCCAUCCGUUUCACUGUCGUUGAUGUCGACAACCGUAACAACCCAUCAUGGACCGCCCAGGAGCUCAUCGGUCAUUUUGACACUGAAGUCGGCAAGAUCGUGGGUAGCAGAGGACGCACACUUGCAGGAAGACUCGAGCACCCUACACGCCGAAGCUCCAACAGAGGAACGGUUAUUAUUACAGCAGAGGAACAGUCGCAAUCCAAGAGACUCAUCAACAGAUUCAACAUUGAGGCCACAAAGCUCACUAAGAAGGGAUUCUUCAGCUCGGAUCCAAACUCGUUCUUCAUCAUCCACCGUGCGGGCACGAACGGCGUCUUUUCACCAAUAUAUCAGUCACCCGUCAUCAAAUCCAAGAGUAAUCCCCUCUGGCCAGAGUUUUCGAUGAAGGAAAUCCAGCUCUGCAAUGGUGACCCAGAAAGACAGCUUAAAAUCGAAGUCAAGAAGUUCAAGGAUAAUGGACCAGAACACGUUACGAUAGGAGUUACCCCCGUCUUCACUUUCCAGGAGCUGUUAAACACUCAGAUGCCCCAGUACUUCCCCUUGUCGCCCAUGCCUGCAGGAACCAAUUUGAUGAUCCGAAAGAUGGUUGUGACCGAGCCCCCUUCUUUCCUCGAUUACUUGGCUGGUGGUAUUCCUCUGAACCUUGUGGUGGCGAUCGAUUUCACGCAGAGUAACGGCGACCCCCGCCACCCCCAGUCCCUCCACUACAGGAACCCUUCAGGCGAGAACGACUACACGAGAGCCAUCCGCAGUGUCGGAAACAUCCUCCAGUGCUACGACACCGACAAAAGGUUCCCCGUCUAUGGCUUUGGAGGAAAAGUCAACGGUCAAGUGAGCCACUGCUUUGCCCUCAAUGGAAACCCGCAAUACCCUGAGGUCGAUGGUGUGGACGGUAUCCUUGCCGCAUACUGGCACGCUCUUCAGUUCUCCGAACUCUGGGGACCCACCAACUUCUCACCCGUCAUCAACCAGACUGCAGCCAUCUGUAACCAGCAUCGCUCGGGUGCAGUCGAAGAGUACUAUGUUCUCUUGAUCUUGACUGACGGUGUAAUCACAGAUAUGGACAACACCAUCAACGCCAUCAUCUCAGCUUCGCGCCUGCCCCUCUCGAUCAUUAUCGUCGGAGUCGGCUCAGCCAACUUUGACAACAUGAAUGUUCUCGAUGCCGACGAUGAGCCUCUUCGGGCGAACGGAAAGACGAUGGCCCGCGACAUUGUCCAGUUUGUCCCCUUCCGCGACUUCCAGAACAGCGCCUUUGGAGGUGAGGCCCUGGCAGAGGCGGUCUUGGCAGAGGUUCCCGAUCAGUUUGUCAGCUACAUGACCCAGCACAAUGUCCGUGCCAGGACGAUGCCUCGCGCAGACACAAUGCAAGCCAUGAACAAUGGCGGCGUCUCGUAUGCCCCAUUAAUCCCACCAGGAUCUCCUAUUGCAGCACAUAUCCAGAAUGGUUACUCAUUACACUCGCCACCUCAUUCACCCUCCUUGCAUGGCAGCCCCUCUAUGAGCCGGGGUCCUCAAGGCAUCAACAACCGCAUAUCUUACCAACAGGGCAAGAACUAA